AUGUCGGCAGUUGAGAUCAACGAGGCGGAUAACCUUUCCACCGGCGAGAGUGGGCAGCUCUUCAAGGAUUUAACGUGGACACAGCGCAUGCAGGGCUUUCUCGUGCUUCUCUCCAUGGCGCUCUUCACAACGCUGAUGAGCUGGUUUGCACUGGGAAUGGCAAGCUAUUGGAAAUACAGCUUACUUUCUAGCUUGGGUAGUCUCCUCUCUAUGCUGAGCACCAUAAUUCUCAUGGGGCCUUCCACCCAGUUGGCAUACAUGUUCGAUGAGUAUCGCUUCAACGCCACGGUGAUGUACGUUGGAUCUCUCCUACUCGCCUUUUUUGUAGCCAUCAUCUUCCAGUCAGUCCUGUUGUGUGUGCUGUGUGGCCUUCUUCAGUAUGCGGCACUCGUGUGGUACUCGCUGUCCUACGUUCCUUACGGCAGAGAGACGCUGGUGAGCAUUGUCUUCCGCCGGUGA